AACUCCCCCCCCCCCUUUUUUUUUUUCCUCUUUCCUUUAUCGCGAAGCAGCUCAGAGCUCCUGCAAGACACGAAUUUGUCAUUCCGAUCAUAUGUCUGAUGAAUUUCAAAUUUAAUUUCAAUCAAAAAAAAGAAAAAAGAAAAGGCGUCUGAAAAAUCUCUCCAAUGGUAAUAAAACCGUCUGAGUUUAUCCAUUUGCCUCGUUCUUAGCAACCAACAGAAGAUUUUUUUCAGCCCUGUCCCCAUUAGGAUUGAUCGAAUCUUCCCGGCGGUUGGACCAGGAAGGGAAGGAGAAGAGAACCAAAACCAAAAGAUGAUGAGACGACAGCCACAGGACCAGCAGUCCAGGGCCUUGUACGAGCUCUCCACCCUGGUCCUCAACCUCCUGAGGUCGCCCCCAACCCCGAUCUCGUUCCCUGACCAGCCUCCCACGGUGGCGCCGCCGCCGUCGUCCAGGAGGUCGGUGGCCCCGGUGGCUGCCCAGAUCACGCCCUCGGGUUUCGCCUCCCUGCUUCUCGGGAUCUCCCUCGCCAUGAUGUUCUGUGGAUCUGUCACUUUCUUCAUCGGCUUCAUGCUGAUGCCUUGGGUGCUCGGCUUGGUCAUGUUCCUGUACGUCGUCGGCAUCAUUUCCGGUCUUUCCAUGUUGGGGCGGUCCAUUCUUUACUAUGCCACGGGCCCGCCGCCCAGCCCCCGGAAGGAGAUCCCUUCAUGGAAGCUCUUGUAAAGAAAAUGGUUUGCAGACAGAAUAGACAUAUUCAAUUAUAUGCAGUUGGAAGAUUAGAGCAGCACAGUGAAGCCUCCACGCUCCUCAGAGGCCCUGUGCUGUCUCGAGCGACAUAUAUAGCGAAACCAAAUAUUUGAAGAGCUUCUUCGGAGUAUUAAUGCGGAGAAAAAACAAUGUGUAAAUCUCUUUUGAUUUUACCUCUUUCACCAGCUUGUUAUAGCUCAUGUGAGAUAGCUUCUCCUGUCCAGCAGAUAUGCUGGAUUAUUGAAGCUUGUUUUUUUUUUCUCCCCCUUUUUGUUAGAGAAUAUUAAUAGAUCAGCUCAUCAAGGUCUAUUCCUCGUCGAUUAGAUCUGGGAAUAUGUUGUUCAGUUUGUUUU